CUGGUUUGCAGAAUGGAGGAGCCACUGUCAAUGGAGAUGUCUUUCAGGAGUCCAACGGCCCCACAGAUGCCUACGCAGCCAUAGCCAAGGCUGACCGGCUGACCCAGGAACCUGAGAGCAUCCGCAAGUGGAGGGAGGAGCAGAAGAAGCGCCUGGAAGAGCUGGAUGCAGCAUCGAAGGUGGCUGAGCAGGCAUGGCGUGAGAAGGCCAAGAAGGACCUGGAGGAGUGGAACCUGCGUCAGAAUGAGCAGAUGGAGAAGAACCGGGCAAAUAACAGGAUCGCUGACAAAGCCUUUUACCAGCAGCCGGACGCCGAUGUGAUUGGCUAUGUGGCCUCAGAGGAAGCAUUCCUGAAGGAGUCCAAGGAGGAAACCCCAGGCUCCGAGUGGGAGAAGGUGGCCCAGCUCUGUGAUUUCAACCCCAAGAGCAGCAAGCAGAGCAAGGAUGUUUCACGGAUGCGCUCGGUGCUCAUCUCCCUCAAACAGACGCCCCUGUCCCGCUAGCUGCCACAGGCACAGCCAGGAGCACAGCCCGGCAAGGCCAGGCUCACUGAGCCGGGUGGCUUUGUGGGGCCAGCCCAGGAGGGGCCUCACCCUGCCUGCCCCCUGCUCUGUGCCUUGGCUGUGCUCGACUCACUGGUUGUAAUACUCCCCACGGUUUUCCUUUGCUUAAAAGGUG